ACUGACAGCGCUCGUAUUGGACCACACCAGUCACCACUCCUACUAGCCAAAGUGAAUGCGACGAGAUAAUGUUGAGCCACUGACUGUAAGCGGCCGGUGACUUGUGCGUACUGGAAGUGGACUUGGGGGAAGCUGAUACCGUAUUCGGUUUCCCCCGGUUCGAGGAAAUGGAGAUUACGGCGGAGGCUGAAGCCGAGGAACGCAGGAGGGAACACUGGAAGCUGCUCUCCAGUCUGAAGACCACGGUGGAGGGCCUGGUGUCCACCAACAACCCUAAUGUGUGGUCUCGCUAUGGGGGUCUGCAGCGGCUGCACAAGGACAUGAACCACAUCCUCAGCCAUGGCCUCAAGCAUGAGCAGGUGUACUACAAGCAGAAAGACUACUGGCCCUUUGUGUGUUGUGUCCGCUACAUCAGCCCUCACCUGGCCUCACAUGUAGAACAGGUAUUGUACUCUAGCAAUCUCUUUACAGUGAUUAAUCAUCCCAUGUAUAUGCUGGUGGAGCUAGUACAGUUUGUUGUGACCACAGACAUUGUUGCAUACUUACAUUUACACAGGACACCAGAAAAGACAGGAGAAUUACACCAGCUAUAACAAAUCUAGCCCCCCGGCACAUAGACUAUUGCUCUCUGAGCUCUAGUCAAAAGUAGGACACUGAGGGGUUGCGUUAACGCAGAAUUCUGCAUUUUUUCACACAGAUUUCUUUUAAAUAAAUGCAUUAAAAAUAUCUUGCUGCGUUUUGUAAAUGCAGAUCUAAAAUGUUAUUGUAAUUUCUGCUUUUCAUCAGUCAAAUUUUUGUGCUUCAGUUGCCCUUCUCCACUCAGAUGAGAGAAACAGCAUUCUAUCAGCAAACAGCACUCGGACUGAUGUGUAGCUAUUUUUCUCCGGUACUUUUCUCAGUGUAGCCAGCUAGCUUUUCUCUGGUAUAAUGCAAGAUUAACUUGAAGCAAAACAUUAGGAAAUGUAGCUGGCUACAUUCUUUCUAUGAUAAACAUUAGAAAAUAUGAUGGCCAUGCAUCAUUUAGUAAAAAAUACCUCGUCUUUUCAUUGUAAGCUCAUUUGGCUGCUAGCCAAAUAGUGUUGAAAAUGAAGCUAUUUUCUGCCCAAUGUGUAUUUGUGCCUAAUGUAUUUUCUGUGAAAGAAAACGAUAGUUGUACACCCCUGAUCACUAUUGAG